GAAGCACAAAGGCUCAAAAUUCUCGACUGGAUAUCCGAUGAUGCUGCGAGGCGGAAACACACGAAGCUGAUUUCGGGGCAUCAUCCCAACACGGGACAGUGGAUAUUCGCCACGCCUGAAUUCCAAAGUUGGACUGGAAGCGAAACACGAGUAUUUUGGUGUUAUGGAAAUCCAGGUGUUGGAAAAACCCAAAUAAUGUCUCUCAUAGCGGAUUAUCUCUCUCGGAUCACCUGCGUCGCAUAUUUUUACUGCGACUACCAAGCAUCCUGCGUGCAGGCCGGGACCGCGGUAGCAGCCUCGCUACUUCGGCAACUCGUAGAGACAGAGCCGUCCAUACCACUCGCUUUGGAAGACCUGUAUAAAACGCUCGGUUAUGGUCGAGACAAUUUGAAGCUGGAUGAUAUUACGAGCCUGCUUCACCACCUCUGUCUCGAUAAGCGCCAUGUUUAUAUUCUGCUAGAUGCUCUCGACGAGUAUGGUCCUGCGUCACAAAGACGAGGGAUCAUGUCCCUCCUUAAAAAUCUUGCCGAAGCAGGCGCGAGAAUACUUAUUAUUAGUCGCCCGCAUGUUGCUGAUGUAGGCCGUACAUUCGGCGAAUACAUUGAACUUGAAGUGAGGAGUGAUCCGUCGGAUAUCAGGUCCUACGUUGAGCACACAAUUAGUGCAAGCGAUGAACUUGCUGAGUUCAUAGUGAACGAUUUGAGAGAGGAGGCUGUGCAGCGGGUAGUGGACCAAGCCGACAGAAUGUUCUUGCUCGCCACGUUGCAGUGCACCCGCCUAACUCACCUAACCCGCCGAUCUGAGGUUAGAAGAGCUCUUAAAAUACUCCCGAGUGGCCUCGAAACAGCGUAUGAGGAAUCCAUGGGGAGGAUCGAGCUUGAAUCCCCCGAAAGAAAAUCUAUCGCAAUGACUGCCUUAUCGUGGAUCUAUCAUACGAGGCGACCACUAUCUAUCAACGAGCUACUACACGUCCUCGCAGUUGAUUCAUCAUCCGUUUUGAGUUUAAGUGAGGAGAACAUUCCGUCUCGGAGCCUUGUCGUGGACGUCUGCGCCGGCCUUAUUGUCCUUGAUACUGAAAGCGGCGCUGUCAGAUUCGCACACUACUCUCUGCACGAGUAUUUCCAGGCCACCUACCAGCAGUGGUUUUCACUUGCAAAGCGAGAGAUA